AUGGACGACCAGACUCGGACGCUCGAGCCUGUGGCGAAGGAAAGGGUUGUGCAGGUAAAGCUAGAUAUAGAACAUGCGGAGGUGAAGGAUGACCCACGGAAGUGGUCAAAGAGCCGUAAAUACAUCUUGGUUGCUAUGAUAUCGGCGGCAUGCAUGAUCAAUGGAUUGGGCGCGAGCAUAUACAAUCCCGCAAUCGUACAGAUAGAGUCUGACCUGCACGCGACCGCCACCCAAUUUAGUUUGACCCUUUCCCUGUUCGUGAUUAUUCAGGGAGGAUUCCCCAUACUAUGGAGCUCAAUCAGUGAGAUUCAUGGGCGAAAGGUUGUAUACCUAGCGUCUAUCACCCUAUGCAUGGUGGGAUGCAUCGUAGCAGCCACGUCAAAGACAAUCGAUGUACUCAUCGGCAUGCGUUGUCUCCAGGCUGCCGGAUCCAGUGCCGUUUUGAACAUCGGAGCCGCGACGUUAGCCGAUCUUUACGAGCCUGCUGAGCGCGGCACGAUGAUGGGAAUAUACUUGUGCGCCCCUUUGCUCGGGCCCUCCCUCGGUCCGAUCCUAGGGGGUGUGCUGACCCAGGCGUUCAACUGGCGCGCAACGUUUUGGUUCCUCGCCAUUUUCACCGGCUUGUGUGUUCUCUCCUUUGCCUUCUUCCGGGAUACUUUUCGGAAAGAACGCAGUCUUGCGUACCAGAACGUGCUCAAGCGCGUUCUCGAGCAAGAAGCAAAGAAGACGACGAGGGAUGCUGGGAAGCAAGUUGUCUCCGAGAAGGACACAAGCGAUGCGCGCAUCACGGUUGUACCAACUGAUAAUAAUAGCUCCAAUGAAACGGAGGCUGAUGCAAAACUCGGCGAGGAUGGUGUUGCUGUCAAAGAGGCCCGACUCUCCUUGAAAGAUGUCAACCCGAUUGGCCCGAUGAUCCGUAUUUUUCAACGGCGGAACAAUGUCGUCCUCUUCAUUGCCUCAGCCUUCAUCUUUGCCUUCAACAUCACCAUCACAUAUACCGCAUCGCGGACCUUGGCCAGUCAGUAUCACUAUGAUGCACUCGAUAUUGGAUUCGUCCUGUUGGCAUAUGGAAUGGGCUGCCUGUUUGGUAGCGUGCUCGGGGGUCGGUAUUCGGACCAUGUCUUCACCAAGCUAAGGGCCAAACACGAAGGGAAGAGUCAACCGGAGGCACGCGCUCUUACCAUGGUGCCUAUGCUGUUCUUCCCACCUUCCGUCAUAGCAUAUGGCUGGGUUAUGCUGGCCUACGUUGUAGAUUCCAAUGUCGGCCGCUCUUCGGCCGCUGUAGCCUGCAACAGUCUCUUCCGUGGGACGUUAGCCUUCGUUGCUACCGAGGUUGCCGUUCCACUGCAGGUGCGUAUCUCGGACUCCAUAGGUGACGGCGGGCUGUACUCACUGUGGGGCGGCCUGACCUUCCUCUGCGAGUUGCUGAUCCUCCUCGUAUGGUGGAAAGGAGGGCGAUGGCGGGAGAGGGCGAUAUAA